CUGAUUAACCGGCCCGCUGAAGGGCCGAUAAACCAACCCCACCCCCCCUCCGCUGUGAGGACUGAGAGGAGACAGGCUAUAUAUAAAGCCCAGCAGCAGCCUUUCAGCGGGCAUCUGCCACCAGAUCAUCAUCACCCUCCUCUUCUGUAUCUUUUCGACCUGCAACCUGACUUGGAUUAAUCAUUGUUUUUGUGUUAUCAGGAUAGCACACAGUAGGAGCAACCAUGUCUCACGGAUGGGGAUACGGACCAACUAACGGACCUGACAAAUGGGGAGAAGAUUUUCCUGUAGCUAAUGGGCCCAGACAGUCUCCCAUCAACAUUGUCCCGAGGGAGGCCCAAUAUGACCACACUCUGAAGGCUCUAAAACUCAAGUAUGACCCCUCCAACUCCAACGGCAUUCUCAACAACGGACACUCCUUCCAGGUGGACUUUUUGGACGACACAGACAGUUCCACCCUGACUGGAGGUCCUAUUUCUGGAACUUAUCGUUUGAAGCAGUUUCAUUUCCACUGGGGAGCCAGUGACGACAGAGGCUCAGAGCACACUGUCAACGGCAUCAACUUUCCCUGUGAGCUUCAUCUGGUGCACUGGAACACUAAGUACCCUAGCUUUGGCGAGGCAGCCAGCCAGCCUGAUGGACUCGCAGUGGUCGGGGUCUUUCUCAAGAUUGGUGCUGCCAACCCCAGGCUUCAGAAAGUUCUGGAUGCUUUGGAUGCAAUUAAGUCUAAGGGAAAGCAGACCACCUUUCCAAACUUUGACCCAAAGACUCUUCUUCCGGGUUCUCUGCAUUAUUGGACCUAUGAUGGCUCUCUGACCACGCCUCCCCUGUUGGAGAGUGUCACCUGGAUCGUCCUCAAGGAGCCAAUCAGUGUCAGCCCUGCACAAAUGGCCAAGUUCCGCAGCCUCCUCUUCACUGGAGAAGGAGAAUCUCCAUGCUGCAUGGAGGACAACUACCGGCCUCCUCAGCCUCUGAAGGACCGUAAGGUCCGCGCCUCCUUCAAAUAAGCCCUGCUUCAUCUUCAUAGCUUCCGUGCCCCCUUGAGGCUUAUCCUUCCCUCCUUUCCUGAACCUUCUUACUCCCAUUUUUCUCCAUAUGCAGUCUUUACUUAGCUUGUAUUAGCCCUAUUGAAAUUAACUUGAAAAGUAGAAACCUCUGCUUACACUUUUUAUGACAUAUACUACCUGGAUGUAUCUUGAAUGAAAUAACUUUGAGCAUUUUUUUUAAGCUUUGACACUAUUAAGACAUUGGCCCCAUUUACACUUCUCAGUUUGAGUGUUUUAUAUCCAGAUAAAAUCCACUCCACCCUCUCGUCCAAAUAUGGCCACUUCCGGUUUAAAAAAACUCUACAAACCAAUGGGUGACGUCACUGUUGCAACGUCCAUGUAAACACGUUUUACAGUUUAAGAAUGAGACAGAGAACCACGGCUAAUUUCUGUGUCAUUUUUGUGUAACUAACGUAUCACGAGGACAGAGACAGAAUAUUGAUUUAUUUUAAAAUAAUCUGACAGUGAGUGGCUAUUUUCACAGACUUCUCACUGACAUGGUAACUCUGUGGGAGUAGUAAAUAUUGUGUAUGUGUCCUGGAGAUGGAGCUAUAAUGCACUUCAAACUACCAAGAUCCGAUAUACCAAGACGCAUUUAGUGACUAUGUGUAAAUGGGGUCAUAGAUUGGGCACUUGUGUGCCACUCAUAGAAAUAUUACAUACGCAUUUUCCACUUGGUCAGACACUGCCUUAGCACAAAAAAUGAUAGCCUAAGAAUGUUAGUCUAUAUCAGCUAACACAGGUUCCAAGGGACUAGUGAUCUACUGAAAUUGUCACAAAUACUAACACUGGGACAGGAAUUCUGACCCCUGAUCUUGUUUUGUUUGUAACAUGUUAUGCAACCCAUUUUCUCUGGUCACUUUAUAACUAAUAAUCUAAAUUAUUUUCUUAUUUAUAAGAGUAUAAUUUUCAAUCAACAGUAAUAUACUUUUUGUUAGCAUUGUUGCAUUGAAGUGAAAAAAUGGGAUGAUGUGUGCUAUAUUCUACAAUUGAAGGCAAAGGCACAAAAAACUACAAGUAAUAAAAAAAAAAUAAUGAUUCCUCCGUACUUUUUAAAAAUAAGUAAUAUGCUUUGCCUUGUUUGAAAAUGAAAGCCUUUAUUAACUUACGGAAGCUUCUUGCUAUGCAUUCCAUUCAUUUAUUGUGUUGUGAUAUUGUGCUGCAGACAGCUGCUCAGAUUGUCAAAGCUUAUGUUUUUAUCGAUGCCUUAUUUUUGUCAGUUUGAGACAAAGUGAUCAUACUGAGUUUGGCCCUAACGUCUCGCAUUGGUGACUAUAUAUUUGUGCACUGUGGCAACCACCCAUCCAUUGGCACUUCUAUACAAGUAGGAUUUUUAGACGUAUGAUCAUCUCGUGAUGGCAAUGCUAUGGAAUGCUCCAGUAUGUUGUGAAAGACAGUCGUACCUAUUGGCUGAUGGUUCAGCCUCAGGCCAUGUCUACACUAAUGCAUGUAAAAAGAAAAAUGUGAAUAUUAUUGUCUGUGUUGGGCUUCCAUCCAUUCUGGGUCAAUGGAGGGUUUUUUUGUUACAAAAAUCAGCCAGAACCCCACUAACACAUCUGCAUUGCUGAUGCCAUGGCUCAACUCAUCAGUCUACGGUACGAUUGUCACUCCAUGUUUUAUAAAAACUGAUCAAAAUCUACUGAACUGAACUACCUAUCACCACAGUGCAUUAAAAUGUGCCUUUACGACUCAUGUCUGACUGAGCUUCUAAGCUGGAAAGAAUUGAAAUAAUCAAUUUAUGACUAUACAUUAACAUAAGCUACAGUAUCAACGUAGGUUAUAUAGUUUUUCUUGAAAUACUUAGAGUUUCCCAGAAAUGUCUGUAGUCAUUACUCAAACUAAACUGAGAUCAAUGGCAGACCGGCGCAGUGUAACUUUCAAUGUUAUAAACCACUUUCAGAGUGUGGCUUUAGUGAAACAGAUGUAACAUUUUAAAGUGUGUCUCCUAAAACUUCUGUCAUAUUACAGAUGGAAAAUAUUUUUUUUUUGUGAAUCUAUCAUGUCAUAAUGGACAAUAAUUGUAUCAAUAAAAACUUGUAACUUGCA